AUGUCUGAACAAUUAGAAAAGAUGAUUGAUGAUUCUAACCCAGUACCACAAAUUAAAAAUUCUGAUGUGAAUAAUCAAGAAGAAGUAGAAAAUAAUAAUGUGAUUGAUGGUUCUCACCCAGUACCACAGUUUGAAAAAUCGGUCAAUUACGAUUUUGAAUCAUUGGAAAUUUCAGAAUUUACCAAAAAAGCCAUUGGAGAAAUGGGGUUUACGAAAAUGACCGAAAUUCAGGCUAAAACUAUACCACCAUUAAUGGUCGGUUGUGAUGUUUUGGGUGCUGCUAAAACUGGAUCCGGUAAAACUUUGGCAUUUUUGAUACCAGCAAUUGAAGUUCUUUACAAACUUAAAUUCAAACCUAGGAAUGGUACGGGAGUUAUUGUGAUUUCUCCUACUCGAGAAUUAGCAUUACAAAUUUUUGGGGUAGCCAAAGAUUUAUUAAAAUUUCAUCAACAAACUUUCGGAAUUGUUAUGGGAGGAGCUAAUCGACAGGCGGAAGUUCAAAAAAUAACCAAAGGAGUUAAUUUAUUAAUUGCUACUCCUGGAAGAUUAUUAGAUCAUCUGCAAAAUACCAAAGGAUUUAUAUUUAAAAAUCUUAAAGCUCUUAUAAUAGAUGAAGCUGAUCGUAUAUUAGACAUUGAAAAUCGACAAACAAUGCUUUUUUCCGCCACAUUAACUACCAAAGUUGAAGAUUUGGCUCGAAUAUCUUUAAGAGAAGGACCAAUAUAUAUUAAUGUAGAUGAAAAGAAAGAAAAUUCUACUGUUGAAGGACUUGUUCAAGGCUAUGUUGUUUGUGAGAGUGAUAAAAGAUUUUUAUUACUUUUUACAUUUUUAAAGAAAAAUUUAAAAAAGAAAAUGAUAGUAUUCUUUUCAAGUUGUAAUUCGGUCAAGUAUCACGCAGAAUUAUUAAAUUAUAUUGAUGUACCAGUUUUAGAUUUACAUGUAAACGUGGCGGCUAGAGGGUUAGACAUACCAGCAGUUGAUUGGAUUGUCCAAUAUGAUCCUCCAGAUGAUCCACGAGAUUAUAUUCAUCGAGUAGGAAGAACUGCUCGUGCAGGCGGUCAAGGAAAAAGUUUAUUAUUUUUAUUACCAGGUGAACUCGGAUUUUUACGAUAUUUAAAAAAUGCCAAAGUACCUUUGAAUGAAUAUCAAUUUCCAGAAAAUAAAAUUGCAAAUGUACAAUCACAGCUUGAAAAACUAGUAGAAAAAAACUAUUAUUUACAUCAAUCUGCUCGUGAUGGUUUCCGAUCGUACUUGUGCUCUUAUGCCUCUUAUUCACUAAAAUCGAUUUUUAACAUAAAUAAUUUGGAUCUUCAAAAAGUUGGAAAAGCAUUUGGUUUCCAAGUACCACCGAAAGUUAAUAUAACAAUUGGUGCUAGUGGAAAAGAUUCACGACAUCGAGAGAACUAG